AUGGGCAGACAAUUGCAGACAAUGAGGAAUCGCGGCAAACGUCGGUCACCGCAGCCAUCGGUACACACAUUGACCGCAAGAGUGGCUGAACUCGGCUUUAAGGACAAUAAGAGAAGACUCGCUCUCAUCGAUGAGUUGCUUAAAAAGUGCACUUAUUAUAACAACAACACAACUAAUUGCACACAACUAUUGGAUGAACACAAAGACAUCAAUGGUUUGGUCGACCAGAUAGUGGCCAUCGAAAGAGGGAUUACGAUUUCAUUGCCGAAGAGAUGUGAUGACAAUUGGUUAGCAUUUAAACAAUGGCUAAAUGAUAAUGAAAUUGACGUCUCGAAAGUGGACAUCAAAUGGUGGGACGACAGACAGGGCUUUGGUUUGACGGCUCUGUCGGACAUCAAAGAGACGGAAGUGUUUCUUGAGAUUUGCAGACGUGUUAUGAUUACUGGCGAAACGGCUCUGAAAUCGGAUCUCAAUUUAGCGUCGUUCAUCAGCGAAGACCCGGUUCUGCAACACAUGCCAAACAUCGUUGUGGCCCUCCAUGUGAUCGACGAAUACUGCAAAACCGACUCAUUCUGGAGGCCGUACUUACAAUGCCUGCCGUCGGCUUACGAGACCGCUCUAUACCUGUCCGAUGAAGACGUAAACCAAUUGAAAGGAACGCAAGUACUCGAAGAAGUGGUGAAAAUGAAGCGAAGUAUUGCCCGACAAUACGCCUACUUUGCCAACCAAUUGCACACCAAUGAUAGGGCAAUGAAACUGGAGUUCAAGAACUUCUUCACAUAUGAACUCUACCGCGAUUAUGUGCGGAACUGCGAGGGCGUUGUAUUUGUGGUCCAUGUGUUUGAGUGGGAUGUGUCCGACGAUUGUCGCCGGCGUUUCCAAAUCAAUACACCGAUUAUAACGACCAAUACUGCGAUUAUAGCGACGCCGCCCGCGAUUCCGGCCAACAUAUAUCGGGUCCGAUUGGCAGCGCUUUUGGCCAAUAAUGCUUUGUGGGCGAAUAGAAGUGAGGCAGCGGUGCCGUCGGCACAGGCGCUGGCAUUUGCGGCUCAACGGCUGUUGUGGUUGUUGUUGAAAGUUUGGUGUCAUUUCCAUAUAAAACUGAUCAUUGAUUUGGUGUUCAUUUCGGCGAACUUUAUCGUAGUUUUGAUGACCAAUAGUUGGGCGGUAUCGACAGUAAUGACACGACAAAACGCCAUCCCUUCCUGUGAUGGCCAGUCUAUGACAACAGCACUCAUUCCUCUCUGGGAUAUGUCUAACCAUAAACACGGAAAGCUUUCAACUGAUUAUGACUUAAACACUGAUUCUGGUGUUUGUCGUGCGAUGAAUGACUUUAAUACUGGAGAACAGAUUUUCAUAUACUAUGGCUCGCGAUCUAACGGCGAGUUCUUCGUCCACAACGGCUUCGUAUACGACGAUAAUUGCAAUGAUUUCGUGCCUUUAAGACUAGGUAUCAGUCGAAACGAUCCGCUAUUUCAGCAUAAAUACGAUUUAUGUAAAAAACUGGAUCUAAACAUAUCCGGUGUCUUUCGGUUACACCAUAAAUGCCAACCAAUUGACCAAAAUUUAUUGGCAUUUCUUCGCGUUUUUCACUUUAAUAAAGAUGAAAUUGAGUUUUGGUUACAAAACGAGAAUAUAUCCGACAUAUAUAGCGCUGAAUGCAAAUCAUUAACGCAUUUAAAUGAGAAAAUACAACAAUUUCUGUCCAAUCGAUCGGCGCUUUUACUUAUUGGUUAUCCGAAACCGGAAUCACAACUCAACUUAUGA